AUGGGGGAAGGCAGUAGUCAGAAGCAAAAGAGUAGGAUAAAUGGGAAAAUAGGAUGGAGGGAAAUAUAUAGUAAUCAUAAAUGUAGAAACCAUUUUAUAGCAGGUGUCUCUGCUAAAGGCCUCAUUUCUCAAAUAUAUAGAAAAUGGAGUCAAGUUUAUAAGCGCAUAAAUCAUUGUUCAGUUAAUAAAUGGUUAAAGGAUUAACCAGGCACUUUCAGAUGCAGUAAUCAAGGCUACUUAUGAACAUAAGGAAAAAUAUUUUAAAUCACUACUAAUCAGAGAUGUGCAAAUUCAAACAACCCCGCACCUAUGGGAAAACAUCAAAUACUGGAGAGGAAGUAGUGAAUGCACCAGUGGUGGAAUUGUGAACCCAUUCGGGAGAGCCACUUGGAUCUGUGCACUAGCCCUGACCUCAACAACACCAACCACUCGGAGAUCUGGAUCCCAGAGAGGCCGAAAGUAGAAAGAAAAGAAAAGGGGCUCUGCGUCCCCAAAUGGCAAAGGGGGGAUGCCCUUCCUUUGGGGAAUGGCCCCCAAGUUCCGGUGUCUGCUUGUCCUGGACUACCACUGGAAAUGUCCACGGGAGCCCUGAGAUUUCCAGGAACGGAUGCAAAGUAAAGGGGCAGAACCAGGAGGAACAGCGGCUCAGGGGACCGCCUGGGCCAUCGAUGGGAGCCCACCGGUCACCAGGGGCUUCCGAUGGGAAGUGCUUCCCUUCUUUCCCCAUUUCUGUCCUCCUUUUGCAGCAUUGCGGCGGUCUGUGUGUAACCUGCUUCAAAUCUCGGGCCUUCUCCAAGGUGGGGCUGGGAGGAAGAGAAGCUUUAAUUCCAGAAAUAACCCUAAGGCCAAAGGCGAUGGGGGGGGGGGAGGGGCUGGUCUGCUGCGGGCUCGGGGAGCUUUUCAGGCUGGGUGGAGCUGAGGCGAAGGUGAAAUUCCUGCCCAAUAGGGACAUUUCUUCACGUUUGAGGAAUCUGCUGCCUCCAUAGAGAGCCUAAUCGAGGCCGGGGGUUACUGUAGCUCGCUUUAAGGACCUGUCCGUGUGCUUCGGACUCUGGUGCCUUUCGUGUGCCACCCUCUACUUGCCCAAACAGCCUCCCCCUCCCUCCUUCUCUGCACCCCCGCCCCGCCCCCCAACUCUGCCUUCAACCCCAGGGAAUCUGGGGCUAUUCCCCCUGGCCAGCGGCCCAAGGCCAGCCCGGUUACAUUUGUGCUUGAGUUCGGUUCCCGGAGGACCUCCUUCCUUAGUGCGGAAAGCCCAGGAGCCAAGGCGAGGCUUGGUUUUCGGGAUUUCCCGGCUCUGAGUUGUACUGGGGAGCGGAGGGGAGGUCCGAGGAGGGCUCGGCUCCCUCCCGCCUCAACCAGGUGCGCACGAGCCCAGAGCCGGGUCCCCGAGGCCGGAUUGUCCACGCGGCGGCGGCGGCGGCGGCGGCGGCGGGUCACCGGCUUCCUAAGAGCAGGCCAGCAUUCCUCGAACGCCCCGCGGUUCACUGGGCCAAAUCGGAGUGACAGGUUCUUCCGAGUCCGCCCCUUCUUCUCCCGCUUGGCUGCCAGGCCCUUUGGGGCUUCGAGGGAGAGCGUGGGGGAGCGCGGCUGUUCCCGUACAGUCUGGGGACCUGCAGGCGGCAAACAGAAGCCCCGAGCUCCCGGGGAAGAACGCCGCCGCCGUGCCCAAAGCAAGCCGCCAAAGCCUCAGGAGCGGCCAUUCGCUCGGCGUGGCUUAGCCUCGGGCGACCAUUUCGCCUUUCACUCGGGGCCCCUUUCGCGGCGCUCCUGGAAGCUUGCACGACCCCAGCUUCCUGCAGGGCCGGCCUGUCAACGCGCAGGUGCCAAGCGGCCCCGGGCCCUCAGGGCGUUCACCUGCCCGCCGGGCGGCCCUUCCCAGAUUCAAACGGAAAUCAAGUCCGUCCUUAGGGGUGUGUCUGUGGGGGCAGGGGGAGGGGGAGAACCGGAGCCGGAGAGAGGGUGGGGUGAGUGUGCAAGAGCGGUGUGUGAUUCAGGCGGGGGACGGGGGAGGGGGAGGAGGCGGAGGGAGCUGCUGGAGAGGCCCCACAUCGCGGAGGCGUGGCUCGGGGGCGGAGAACCACCGCUGCUGCUGCCGCCGCUGUUGCUGUAGAGCGAGCCAGCGCCCGGGGCCACCUGGGGCUUCCUCUUUUCCGCCAGGUCUCGGCGCUCCCAGGAAGGGCAGCCUUCGCGCCCCUGGGUGGGCCGGCCGGCCGCCGCCGGGCUUCUGGCCGCGGCCAUGGCAGCCCCAAGGCCGGCCGCCGAGUGCGGCUACAUCCGGACCGUCCUGGGCCAGCAGAUCCUGGAGCACCUGGAGAGCUCGAGCUUGGCGCUGCCUUCCGAGGCCAGGCUGAGGCUGGCCGGGAGCGGGAGCGGGAGCAGCCGCCCGGAACAGGCUGCGAAGACCCUGCGGAUCCAGGAGCAGGUUCAGCAGACGCUGGCCAGGAAGGGCAAGAGCGGCAUGGCGAACGGAAGUCUGCCUCGAACCAGCAGUGUUCCAGAGUAUGUCUACAACCUGAACUUAGUUGAAAAUCAUCUCUCUCUGGGGCGUUCUCCUGUUACCCAAACAUAUAACAUGUUAAAGGCAGGCUCAACAUCUGCUUAUGAGAAUUACUUGAAAAGAGAGGCAACACAAUAUAGUUCACAAAAGUCAGUGGAAGAGAGGUCCCAAAGGCAGCCCCUGAGGAGACUGGAGAUUUCACCUUCAAGUAGUCCUGAGAGAGUUCAUUAUGCACAUAGUGACCACCAUUACAUCCAGAAAACCCAGGCAGGACACAGCUUGAGGUCUCGUGAGAGCCAGAGAUCCACCAUCCUCAUCCCACCAAGAUACGCUCGCUCAGAAAUCGUCGAAUUCCACCGUCAUGGUACCACGGGCAGGCAAUAUUCCGAUGCUCACCGUAGGCAGUAUCAGUACGGAUCAGUCAGUGACACAGUUUUUGAUAGCUUCCCGGCCAGUCCAGCAGUUCUCACAUACCCCAGGCCGGGGACCAGUCGAAGUAUGGGGAACCUCUUGGAGAAAGAAAACUAUCUGACUUCAGGGCUCUCUUCAAGACAAGUCAGACCAAUGGUGAUGUCUCUACAGCAAGGCCACCAGAACAAGCAGUCUCUUCGUUCUUCCUGGCAUCAGAAUUCUUUCCAAAGCUCUCAUGCUCUGAGAGAUGUCAGUGCAGGAACCAGUGGGAAACAAACUCAUAUGACGAUUGGCCAGGCAGCGACAGGAGGCGGCGGGAAUUUACUAGCCGAGAGAGCUGUUUUCAGUGAUUCCCAACUUGGCCAUGGAGACAUAGAGAUGACUCUGGAGUAUGCAGUAAGCAUACUGGAUUCAGACAACACACCAGCAUCUAGGAUUCAGGCUGCAGCCACCUUUAUCCAGCAUGAAUGUUUCCAGAAAUCAGAAGCUCGGAAAAGGGUUCAUCAUCUUCGGGGCAUCCCCAAGCUUCUCCAGCUCCUAAAGGUACCCAAUGAAGAUAUACAGAGGGCAGCCUGCGGAGCCCUGAGGAAUCUGUCCUUCGAAGACAAUGACAACAAGGUGGAAGUAGCUGAACUGAAUGGAGUCCCUCGACUGCUCCAGGUCCUGAAGCAGACCCGAGACUUGGAGACAAAAAAGCAGAUAACAGGUUUGCUGUGGAAUUUGUCCUCCAGUGAUAAGCUCAAGAACCUGAUCAUUACAGAAGCUUUGCUGACGCUGACAGACAGUGUCAUCAUCCCCUAUUCCGGGUGGUCUGAAGGCGACUAUCCCAAAGCAAACGGGUUGCUCGAUUUUGACAUCUUCUACAAUGUCACAGGAUGCCUAAGAAAUAUGAGUUCUGCUGGACCCGACGGAAGGAAAGUGAUGAGAAGAUGUGAAGGAUUGAUAGAUUCUCUUGUGCAUUAUGUUCGAGGAACCAUUGCAGAUUAUCAACCUGAUGAUAAGGCUACAGAGAACUGUGUGUGCAUCCUUCAUAAUCUUUCCUACCAGUUGGAGGCAGAACUCCCGGAGAGAUAUUCACAGAGUAACUACAUUCAAAACAGGAAUAUCCAGACGGCCAGCAGCAAGAGUGUCGGGUGCUUUGGAAGUCGAAGCAGGAAAGUGAAAGAGCAAUACCAGGACAUCCCGUUGCCGGAGGAAAAGAGUAACCCUAAAGGCGUGGAAUGGCUGUGGCACUCCAUUGUGAUAAGGAUGUAUCUGUCUUUGAUAGCCAAAAGUAUCAGGAACUACACGCAAGAAGCCUCUUUGGGGGCCCUCCAGAAUCUCACUGCAGGAAGUGGGCCGAUGCCGUCUGCCGUGGCCCAGACCGUCGUCCAGAAGGAGAACGGCCUCCAGCACACCAGAAAGAUGCUGCACGUAAGUGACUUCAGCGUGAAGAAGACGGCCGUCUCCCUGCUCAGGAACUUGUCUCGGAACUUUUCUCUCCAGAAUGAAAUUGCUAGAGAGACUCUGCCUGAUUUGGUUUCCAUAAUUCCUGACACAGUACCAAAUUCUGAUCUGCUCAUUGAGACUACAGCUUCUGCCUGUUACACCUUGAACAAUUUAAUCCAGAAUAGCCAGCAGAAUGCCCAAGAUCUUCUGAAUACCGGAGGCUUUCUGAAGAUUAUAGCUAUCAGUGUGGGUGACAGCUAUCUCUCCAACAAAGCCAGUAAAGCAGCUUCGGUGCUGCUGUAUUCGCUGUGGUCUCACGCUGAUCUCCACAACGCCUACAAGAAGGCUCAAUUUAAGAAGACAGAUUUCGUCAACAAUCAGACCAUCAAAGCCUACCACUCCCUCAAAGACUGAGAAGCACGAAGCAGUGGUCGCAGAGACAGCCAGGACUGCCGCCCAGCUUGUCCAUGUCACACUGGUCAACUGCCCUGAGAUUUCAGAGGAAACAGGCUGCUUUUUAUGCCCAUCCCAGAAGGCUCCCUCCUCCAAAGCCUAUCCUAUUGCUUACCCUUUGCUCUUCUAUUUGCAUCUUGUCCCGGGUCCCUUGAAAAGAGAUGAUCAGAGCCUAGAAUAUUGAAUUUCUGCUCGUACCCUUGUGGAAGCUGACCUUUCGCACUGCAGACCAGAGGGUUGUCUUGCCAGGCCAUCCGCACUGCACAGGCUACAUUCUCUUUUCUUUUCCAUCUUGAAUCCAAGAUGAACCAGUUGCACUCUAUGGCAUCCUCUUCUAUCAGGUCCAUCGCCCAGCCUUGAAUUACUCCAGCCAUCCACUGACUUCACCCUUGCUUAUAUGCUCCUGAAGGCCGCUGAAGAAUUUCUCCAUUACUGCACCAAGGCGAUCCUUUUAUGGCUCCUUUAUUUAUUAUCCUUCUCAUGGGAGCAGCUCUUCCAGACAUUUGGUUCUCUGUCCAAUCUUCCAUCGCUUCCUCUCUCCCUUGCCUCUUAGCUGAGAACUUUGCCAUUUGCAAAGUGUCUUCUCUUCUUCCCUGUUCCUCAUCUCAUAUCAUCCAGAUGCCAUCUCCCUCCAUCUCCUCCUCCAUUCAGGUUUCAUAUGGAAAGAUCUCCAAAGCAAAUGUGUACCAGUGAUCCCAGUUGAUCCUCUUCUCCCACAGACCCCCCUUUAUCAUUCCUACUCUGACUAAUCUUCAGUCUUUCCUUGUUGAUGGGCCGCUUUGCUACCACCUACAGACACACUUGUGUCUCUCGGACCCUCAGAGAUGCCACACUUGAGCCAUCCAUUCUUGCUAACUCUUGUCCCUUUGGGAGCAAAUGGCCUUGAAAAAACUAUCCAGACCCACCAUCUCCAUUUCCAUUUCUUCUCUCUUCUUAACUCUUUACAGACUCACUUCUUACUUCUUAAUUCAGCUAAAAACUUCCUCUUCAAAUUACGAGCAAUUGAUGAACUGCCAGAUCUAAUGGCCUCUCCCCACCCCUCAGUCCUCUCCAUCGCUCUUCAGACUCGGAGAAGCUGCACUGUCCAUUGCCCUUUCACCCCCGAGAGAUUUGCCUCCUUCUGAGCUUUCCUGACCAUUCCUUCUCGGUUCUUCUCCUGCUCUCUGAACGGUCCUUCUCUGCCUCCUUUGCUGGAUCUUCAUCCAGGUGAGACUCACUAACCACCUGGGUCUUUUCUCCUUCCGUACUGUUUCACUUGGUCGUCCAACCAGCUCCCACCGAUCUGAUGAUCAUCUCCGCGCUGAGGAUUCUCAGGUCUUCUUAUCCAGGACUAACGUCUCUCAUGUCCAAUUGCCUCAUAGACGUCUGAACCUGGAGAGCUCGCAGGAAUCUUUGCCUUCGCCUGUGGACUCGUGGUCUUUCCCCCAAACUCUCUCGCGCUCUUCCGGUCAUUCAAGUCACCAUCUCGGGGCCUCGUCUCCUCCUUCUCACCAACCAUAUCCAAUUGUUUGUUGAGUCUUCUAUAAAAUUCCCCCUCCUAUGACACUGACCCCAUCCUAGUUCAGGCCCCCAUUGCCUCGCCCCUGGAUUAUUCGACAGCCUGCUGGUUGAUCUGCCUCCAGCCUCUCCUUAAGUCCAAUCCACCCUCCACUUAGCUGUCAGACUGAUUUUCCUAAAAUGCAGGUGUGACCAUAUCACACACAUUCUCAGUCAAUAAACUAUCAAUGGCUCCCUAUUACCUGCAGUAUCAAAUAUAAAAUUCUGUUUGGCUUCAAAAGCCCUUCAUAUCAUGGCCUCUUUUUAUCUUUACAGUCUUCUUCUUCUUAAAAAACCCUUACCUUCUGCCUUAGAAUCAGUACUAUGUAUUGGUUCCAAGGCAGGGGACAGGUAAGGGGUAGCCAAUAGCGUUAAGUGAUUUGCCCAGGGUCGCACGGACACGCCGAAGUGUCUGAGGGCAGAUUUGAAACCAAGACUUCCUGCCUCUAGGCCUGAUUCUCAAGCCACUGAGCCACUUAGCUGUUCCCCUCCAGUCUUCUUGCAUCUUACUCACCUACAUGCACUCUGUGAUCCAAUGACUCUUGUUUCCUUGCUGCUCUGUGCACAGGAAAUUCCAUCUUCAGACUCGGCUUUAGCGUUGGCUGUCACCAUCGAAUUCAUCGAAUGAUUUGCCUUCUAGCUUCCCUGGCUGCCUUCGAAGUCUCAUUCUCUAUAAAAAACUUCUAUGGGUCCUCCGUAAUCUUAGUGCCUUUCUUCUAAGACAACCCCCAACUUCUGUUGAUGCACACAUACACACCAUACAUGUAUGUACAAAAAUACAUGUGUUUGUGUGUCUUUUUUGUAUGUAGUUGUUAGCAUGUUGGCUCCCUGAGUAGACUGCGAGCUCCUUGGUGACAAGGACUUUUUUCUUACCCUUUCUUUGAAGCCCAAGGGCUUCACAUAGUUUCUAACACAUAGGAGAUUAAUAAAUCCUAGCUGACUAACUCAUUAAUUUAUCCUAGCCAUGGAGAGUAGGAAUUAGCAUGGUCCCCUCCCUCAGGAAUGCCCUGAAAUGGAGCUGGACAAAGAUAUUAGUGGAAUGAACAAGGAAGAAGGCCAUUAGUGAUUUGAAAUAUUACCCUCCCCCCCUUUUCCAUGUUUUAGCGUCUCUAGACUUGUUUCUGUGCCCUUAAUCGCUGGUAUCCUCUUUGGGUUACAUCCUCCUGAGUAAAACCAUAGAGAAAUUCGAAGAGAAAUCUCGCAAGCGAAAAUCUGCCGGAGAAUACUUUCUGCGGCUUUGACUCUCCUCUCUUACAUGAAAGUACAAUCGAGCACGCCCCAAGCAGCAUAUGUGGAAAUGAAGGGUGGAAAAGUUAAAAACUGGCAAUCGCGAGUGUGCCGUGUUUCCGGCUGACACAGAGAAGUAGAGUUAUCUUCCAAAGAGGCCGCGUUCCCAUUAAUUAGCAAAAGGCCCUCACGUCAUGCCAGCAAUGAACUCAAGUUGGAACAGUUCUAACAACACGGUGGCAAGCCGUGUCCACAAUCUCCAUCCCCAGAGAUGUGUCGAAGGAGGAAUGGGAGCCAUCCCUUUCUGGGUGGGUGGGCAACGUGAUGUGUCUUCCACGGACAGAGGGGCAGAAUUUUGUAUUGAACAAACAACUCCGUAACUCAAAGUCUGACUCAGUUCAGCCUUCAGAGAACAAGGCCAAGCCACUGAUCCUCAUGGGACCUAGUCCUUUGAAGUAAGGUGACCUAAGAAAACUCUAGAAAGGGGAGAAUGAUAGUGAUUUAGGAAAUUGGAAACAGGAAGCAAGAGGAAAAAUAUUGCUAAGUGUUUGUGUUCAUGCUGUCCUAAAAUAAAACUUGUCAUUGAGGCAUGUUCAA